GCUGCGGCUGCGCACGUGUAAUUUAUGUUAAUUGGCACAAUAAUGGCCGACGAUCGAUUAAAUGUAACGGAAUUUUAUAUACAACAUGUGUUUACAUCUUUAUUUUAGGCCAAAAAUGUAGAUUUAUAAAGAAGUUCAGCUAUAUUUGAUCAGUCAUGUGACUGCAAUCAUCCAUUUUGGCGCCCCCUAGUGGUGAUAAAAUGGAUUAUAAUGAUAACGAAGAGAAAACACUAAAUAUUGUGAACACUCUCAAUAAGGGAGUGUGGAGAGGAGAUAGUAGAACGUGUGAGCAGGGACAAGUUAUCUAUCCUGGACCAGUCAUAACCAGACCAAUCAAUAUGAAUGAGGUUGAUAACCAGUCUCAGAAUGAUUUGAAUAAGCCAAUCAGAACUGCCGAUACAACUGCUCUACCAACCAGCACUCCUGUUACAAUUCCAAAUGAAAAUAUUUCACCUCAACAUAAUGAAGAAGGCAAACUUUCAAACAAUAAGUCAGGAUCCGACAAUCAGCCAACCAAAUUUAGUUUUACUAAUAGUCAACCAAUCAGAUUGUCUAUUUCAUCAUCGUCUGACAGUUCUGACAGUUCUAAAACGACAACAUGGGGUCAGGUUAAAGGUGGUUCACCGAAAAAGGCAAAGAAGGAUGGGAAUAAAUCUCCUGACAGUUCUCCAACUAAAAACAAAAACUCUAAGGCAAUGACAUCAUGGAAAAAUAUAUCACCGUCAAAAUCAAGUUCAAGUUCAGAUUUAGACAAUAGUAGUCAUAGCAACCAUAGUACGGAUUAUGGGCCAAGGAUGUUUAGAUUUAGCACUAGCAAGACAAUACAUGAUUCGACCUCUAGUUCAGAAAUGGAGCCAGGUGAACGUGUGAAACGUGAUGAUGAAUAUGCAAAUUUAGAACAUAAAGUGACGAAUAAGGAGCCGGAAACCAAAUGUAACUGUUCACCAAAAGCCGGUUCCCCUUGUAAAAAAUCAGGAUCAUGCAACUGUUCAAACAAUUGUACUUCCCAUUUACCCGAUAACCAAAAUGCACUUGUAAACAGUAAUACGUCAUUAAACGAUAACGGGUCACCUAAAAAAGAGAAAGGAGUAAAUGGUUCGGAUGACAUGUGCGAUAACGAAUAUUUUUAUGAAGAUGAUUUCUCUGUUCAGUUCGAUACAAAUUUACGCGAAACUUCUGUCACGCCCAUUGAUUCUGAUCCGAGUACAACAAUUUUAGAUUUUCCAAAUAUGGUGUCGGGCAGUUACUUACAUUUUAACAAUGGCGGAUCAUCUAACGUUAGUUUUAACAAUUCAAAAGCAUCGUCAAAUGUAAGUUUAAAUAACAUGCGCGUUUCAAAUAUUAUAAACAAUCAGGAAGAUAGGGUACAGUAUGAUUCUGAGUUUUCCGGAAAUUCCGGUUCGCGAAAUUCUACAAUGGAAAUGUCGUCCAGUGAUCGUGAUAUGAUGGGGUCUAGUGAUAUAAUUGAUUUAAGUGAUGGACCUUUAUUUACACCAACACCCACACAUUUAUUAACUGACAGUUUAGAUAAAAAUGCUCGUGAUGUAGUGGAUGGAGAAAUGAGUGGAAGUAACGGUUCAGGGGAGACAAAUCUAAAUGUUGAUUGUAACCCACGUAAAGAGGAAUACUUUUUAUCCUUUGAUGGUUCACAGUCACGCGUUUCUGGUUCUGAGACUGAUAUUUCUUUAUCAAUGAAUUCCCAUGAAUCUUACCAAGGUCAUUGGGUACAAAGUGUUCAAAGUGAGGCUAGUGUAACAUCACAUGACUCAGCACAAAUUUAUACGAGUCAAGGUCACGAUGCUAGUAAUGAGUUCUCUAGUUCCGAAGGACAAGAAGAGAGUACGGACAGUUUCCACAUGUGUUUUAAUAAAUUAUCUCCCCGUCAUAAAGGUAACCAGUAUUCUGGGCGCGAAAAUUUGUCUGGACGUGUGCUUAAAAAAUUGGUUCCUCUAAAAGAAACGAUUAUUGAAACUGGUGAUUCUAGUGAAGAUGAGAAUACAAGGACAAGUACAACGUUAACAGCGGGAAGUAAAGACGUAUCAUCUGUAAGCCCACAAACAUCGCCAAAGAAGAAAAUGAAAUUAUUAGGCGAACAGAUAAAUCAACUAAAAGGAAGGAAAUCUGGACAGUUAUAUUUAGUUGGGAUCGGAAAACCGGAAGAAAUUUUAAGGAAAGCUGGUGUUCACAGUCAUACGUUACCGAAGGUGAAGAAAUUGUUGUCAUGGAAGCAGUUAAAGAAUUUUAAGAAAGGGGACUAUAAUAAAUGUGCAAGUUUACCUGAAUUAAAUACCUCAAUGACCUGGCAAAAUAUUUCCGCUUUAAAAAGUAGGAAAUUGUCAGAAAUAAGCCAGAGCUUCCACGGUAAACGGCACUCCGCGUCACUGCUGGAGUUUUACCAAAGAAUGAAAAGUCAAUCUAAUCCAGUUUCCCCCGAAACUAUGAACAAUUUAGAGCAUAUUCUAUGGCCUAAUUUUAUUGGACAAAAAGCCAAAGCAGAAAUGAGCGAUUCAUCAGGAUCGUCUCAAGAGUGCGGACAAUGUCAGUGUGGACGGCAUAAUAUUGUUGAAGGUUUACCUGAUAGUGGGGUCAAAGGUUACUCAAAUAAGCGAAUUUAUGAUUGGUUAAAAAUGGACUUUUCUGGGUCACGACCAAAUUCACUGGCCUGUCAGACUGGGCAUGUACAUGAUUUUUCUUCUAAAGAGACUAUUAUAUCCCCACAGACUGUCACUCUAUGGUGUGGUACAAAGACAGUUGCGUCACAAUUUCCCCCUGUCACCAAGGACUGUUCAAUUCAAACCUUUCAAAAUCAGCAAACAAUGAAGGAAACUGGGAUUCUGUCAGGAAUUUCUAAAAAAGACCAAGCUUUACAAACAUCUGAUUUUGAAGAAGAAGAAAUUUUAUCUAUCCUCUCAGACAAUUUUGAAGAGUUUGGUUUUCUUAAAUCGAAUGAAGGUAUUGCAAAAGAACUGCUUAGUUGCCCUGAUAUAGCAUUUGUUGAUAAAGAUUCUAGUCCCAAAAUUCAUAGGUCAAAAAGUGCAGACGGGUACCGCAGUAAAACUGACAAGACGCCAUUCUGUACAAAUAAAUCUUACCAACAGAGAACCGGUCAUUUUGGAAGAUCAAAGUCAACUGGACGCUUGGGUGGAAAAUCUGAGUCACCUGUGCGUAGAAUGGGUUUAAGUAAGCAUUAUUCACAACAAUCUCUGCCAGACAUCGCGUUCUUGUCCUCAUCAAUUACGAUUGAAAAAGAUGAAAGUAAAGACUCACUGUUUGAUGCAAUGAAACUGGAUUUACCAGUCCCAGUAACAAUUGUUCCAAAGACAGAACUAGAACAGUUUAAUAUCUAUAAGCAGACGGCGUCACCGUGUCAACAUAAGUCACAAUGCUGUCCAAAUAAGAGUAAAACUAAAGGGACUGAAAAUGAAAUUGGGUCAAGUAGUAGUGGAAUUUCAACAAGCUCCGCCUCUUCUGGCAUUGAUCCAGGUUAUUGUGAUUGCAGGUCAAGGUCAGCAGAAAGUCCUCAGAAUGACCUUGAAAGGUUGAUUUUCUAUCCACCUCAUACAGAGGAGAAAAUAAAGUCUUCAAAGAAUUGUUGUGGUUCUAAAAAGAGGGCAAAGUCCUUGCCUAGUAGACUGUCAGAGUGUGCUAACCCAGCAAAUCCAAAAAUAGAAAAAUAUGCUAAUGAGGCACGACCUCAAGUUGUUGCAAAAGGUCAAGGUCAGUGUAGGAUAAGUGAAAAAUGGAUAAGUGCUGGAAAGAAGCCAGAAAUUGAAGGAAGUGAAAACUUGUAUGCUGUUGAGGAAGAACAAACACCAGUUGCUUCCCCUGAUCAACCGUGUUGUAAUAGAGACAUGUGUUGUGAAAAUAAUGACCAGAAAAGUGCUACGAGUUCAGACAGUGGAGCGAAAUGUAAUUACUUCUGUGGCGAUCAAGAUUUUACAGAAAGUGACUUUUAUAGGGCCGUGGAAUCGGACAAAAUUAUUGUUGUUGGGAAUGAGUACUAUCAGGGUUUAGCACUAGGAAUGGAUUCUAAUUCAUCGAGUGGUAGCUCUGUACCGAAUAUUGACAGGAAGCCAUUAAAAUCAUGUCUUAGAAAGAGGAAUCGUGGUCUAAGGUCAAGGUCAAUGUCAGCUACUGAUACUAUGACCUUGAACUUUGACGACCUUGAGGAGAAGGUGAAGAAUCACAGGCACUCGUAUGGUUGCGACGAGGUUUAUAUCGUGUCUGAUGAGCAUGGACAGUUGAUGAUGUACCAGGCUGAUGAUAGUGCCGAACCUGUCAUGUUCUACUUAGGAAAAGACGGGGAAUGUCACAUGACCGAGGGUCAUCGGAAUCACAUGGAGAACUUCGGCAGUUUGGCCAACUUCAAUAUACAGGCUUCAGACAGUAUUCAUGCCAGUGACAGCUCCACGGACCGCGAGGGCAAUAGUAAACGGAAGAGCGUCAGCUUCGCCUCCGAAGUUUCCUUUCAGUCGAUAAGUCCCGCAAUAUCGCCAAAACGACAGGCAAAUGCUGCAGAUAGCAAAUCAGCGGAGACAUCUGCUGAGAAAACUGGCGAAGCAGAUGGUGAAGCAGACGGACAGGAAGUGAUUACAGAAGGAGCAGGGGAUGAUGGGAAGAAAGAGGAUGUAAAAGAAGAAGUUGUGGAUACAGACAAGAAACCAACAGAAAGCACGGACAAUGCUGAUGGUACCAAACCUGAUGUAACCAGUGAGGAUGCACCUCCCACCUUGUUGUCAAAUAUAGAGACCCCUGGUAGUAGUUCCAGUUCUGACUCGCCACCGAAUGAGUUCCAUAUCGCCAUGGAUACCAAUGAUAAUCUCUGGUUUGAAGACGUCAUGAUGGAGAAAAUAGAAUUGUUGAUGUCCGUUUCCAAAGCAGCUGAUGUUCUCUUUGCUCAUUUCGAGAAAUCUAGAGACACUUUCGACAAGUUGCGACUUGGAAAUACGACAGAGACACCAGAACUGGGUGAAAUCGUGUUGACGCGUCUGUGUACCGCACUGAGCGCAGUUCUGGGAGACGGACUAAAGCACCAUCUAGCAGGAUUCCAGAUGUUUGGAAGCGUACAGAUCACUGUGUGGAAGGUGGUUGAGGCAUCGGUUGAAAUUGUUCCACAGACGCGUUUAUUGUGUGACCUUGUACAGAAAGUGAAGCAAACAACAUACUUAACUACCCACCAACAGAAAUUUGAUGCUUUCAUCUUUGGACUUCUCAAUUUGAGAGUACUAGAUUUCUGGAUGGGAUAUCUAAGCCAGAAAGAGGAACAGCUGUCCAAAUUUUACAACAGUGGUGCCAUACUCGUUCAUUCAAACACUGCUCUUAAAAAGCAGUACGAUGACCUAGUCACUUCAAUACAAAAAUUGGCUGUACUACCGUUUCACAUGGACAUGGAAUUUAUUAAAGAAAAAGCACUGACUGAUUCUAAAUUCAAAGCACAAGAGAUGACUGGUUCGUCUGAUGCCAUAGCAACAAAUGUAACCAAUCAGAGCAUUUCUUCCGAGUCUUCAGCCAAUCAGAGCUCGUCAAAGGAAGUCACCAGCAUGCUUGAAAUCACAGCUUCAAAGGCACUGAGUUGGCUAGCAAAUGCUGCUCUCCCUAAGAAGAAAACCUCGUCUGAUUCCGACCUUUCAGAAUCUAGGUCAAGGUCGGAGACAAUUGAUUCAGCCAAUCCAAUGCUUGAUUCAAAUAGCACCUCCAGCCAAGUGUCUGGAUCUUUUAGUUUCAAUGAAGAUGCCGAACAGGAAGUUGAAAAACCAUACAAGCAGAUUUUGGAAAACUUGCGUGAAAAUCAGCAACUGAUUUAUAAAGACGCUAGAUUAAGUUGUGUGGACUGUGACCCAAUUAUUUCACCUUCAGAUAGUCUGCGAUCUAGUCAGAACAGUCAGACUGGAUUUGUUUCACUGUUUUCAACAAUGGCUGCAAGACUUGGUGAAAAUACAGCCAACCAGUCCCUGACACAGUCUAUGACGAGUUCUGCGUCCAGUCUGGUUACACGUUUGACUGGUUAUCAGUUUGGCUCAGCCAGGACGUACAAAAAAGGGGUGACAGAGUACAGAUUUGCAGACGACUCUGAAAAAGACAAUAAAACUGUUGAAAAAGAACAGAAUGCAGAAGAAAUUGUUAAAGAAACUCCUGAAGUAGGUGAACAAAAGACUGAAGUCAAGUUAAGAGAAAAGAAUACUGAAAGUUCAAAUGAGAACAGAAAUUCCAAACGUGUGUCAUUUGACAUAGUGAACUUGUUUGAUAAGCUUUUACUGCCGUCUGCAAAACCAGAAAAGAAAGAUGCAAAACCUGUGAGCAGAAUUCCUCGACCGACCAAUAGAUGGAGCUGGAGUUUUGGAAUUUCAAAAACCAGUCCGGUACCGGUUUCAAAAUUAACCAAAGCUUCAACUGAUUCGGAUAUUAAAGUACAGCCGAGAAAAAGUGUAUCGAAGCAUGAACCAGUCACUAACAAAAAUGAACAUUUCCCAAAAAGAAAUGCUAAACAAACUGAAAAGAGUGUUAAAAGUACAAAACCAGUCAAAAACUCUGCGAGCAAAGUUUCCGGCCCACCAAAACCACCGAGACUGGUACAGUCUGCACCGUCACCUGUGAAGAAAUCGUCAAGUACCAGUCUGGAUAAAAAUGGGCAUAACAGUUCAAAGAAAAACACUGCCACAUUGUAAUAGUGGAGGAAAGCAUUGUGAAUUGUGCAAUAUUUUAAUUAUUUAUUGUAUUAUUUGGUGAUAUUUUAUAUGUUAUAUUGUGAUUCUCAUUGCUUGGAAAUUGUAUGUUUUCUAGCUUGGAAAUAUUUACAUUUGGGAUUUGGAAUAAGGCACAGAUUUUGAUCAUUAGAAAAAGGAAUGACAUUUUUAAGCAUUUCAUUAAGUUACAUUUUCUUUGUGGGAAAUGAGGAAAUAAAUUUGAAUUGUCUAUUUUACUUGUAUCUAAACUUUGAACUUUUGUAAAUAUUUUCAGCUUUUACAAACGUAAGUUUAUAAGUGGGCUUAGUUAACAGUUAAAAGUGUUUAG